AAUGAAAAUGUGUUCAACAACCCAACUCAUACGAAAGUUGCAUUGUAUCUAUCGCUCAGCAUCCGCACCCAAACCAUGAGAAAUCGCAGCCUUUAUGCAUCGCUGGUUUCACUUUUUUGCUUCGUCGUUCUUAUGAUCGUAACCCCAGCCAUUCCUCAGUCCCAAGAGUAUCAUAAUUUCGCUGACCACCGCAAAUUCUUCGGUAUUAAUAAUGCACUUAAUGUGAUAUCAAAUUUCCCUUUUCUGGUUAUUGGUCUCGUUGGACUUGUACUCUGUUAUCAUGGAAACUACUUUAGACUCAGCUUGCAAGGUGAAAUAUGGGGUUGGACUUGCUUCUAUGUUGGUGUGGCUGCUGUUGCAGUUGGAUCUUCAUACUAUCAUCUCAAGCCAGAUGAUGCUCGCCUUGUCUGGGAUAGGCUCCCAAUGACUGUUGCUUUCACAUCCAUCAUUGCAAUAUUCAUCAUUGAGCGGAUUGAUGAGAGGAAGGGAACGGUUUCAAUUAUACCUCUACUUUUGGCUGGUAUAAUAAGCAUUGUGUAUUGGAGGUUCUUUGAUGACCUUCGUCCAUAUGCUCUGGUCCAGUUUGUGCCUUGCAUUGCCAUUCCUAUAAUGGCUAUUUUGUUACCUCCAAUGUACACACAUUCAACAUAUUGGCUCUGGGCUGCAGGGUUUUAUCUUUUAGCGAAAGUGCUAGAAGCUACUGAUGAGGUGAUCUAUGGAUGGACACACCAUAUUGUCAGUGGUCACACACUUAAGCAUCUAGCUGCAGCAAUGGUACCUGUAUUCUUAACAUUCAUGCUUGCUAAAAGGAAUGUUGAACCUGAGAGACAAAAUUUGCUUAAAACUUGGAGGGUUUCUUGGAUGAAGUUUAGAGAGGGCAACUUCAACAUUGGGAGCUACUCUUACUCAGGCGUGGCAGUUGUGGAGACAUAGUAUGAUGUUACUUUCCCAUACAACAAAAUAAGGGGGUAUACUGGAUUACCUAAUAUUGUUAAGCUUGAAAGUGGACCAGGUAAAGUGCCAUCACUUUCAUACAAUAAUAUUAUCCGUAAUUAACUCUGUACAGUUUCCCAUACGUACAAUGUAGAGAGUAUCUAUUUUAGUUAUGUAUGUGUUAUGUACUUUUUAUUUGUCACCUCCUUCACACUCUGGUGGUGUUUGUCUCGAAAAAAUAUACUAAAUGAAAUUAGAAUAUAUAUGCUA